ACUCCCUCCCUCCCUCACACUCCCCUAAAGGACACUCCCACCACCUCACUAAGGCAAAAGCUUUCGCUCCAGAAAUGGCUCUUGUAAAACCCAUCUCCAAAUUCACCACUGCAAAUCCUAAGGUCAACAACCCAAGAUGUGGAUCUUACUCAAAGUUCACCACCAUCAAAAUGACGGCCACUUCAAAGCCGCCGCCCACCGCCACUAAACCUGGCAAGAAGGCUGCUAAAACCGCCAUUAAAGAGACACUCUUGGCACCGAGGUUUUACACCACUGACUUUGAUGAAAUGGAGACCCUUUUCAACACUCAGAUCAAUAAGAACCUCAAUCAGGCUGAGUUUGAAGCUCUGCUGCAAGAAUUCAAGACUGACUACAACCAGACCCACUUUGUGAGAAACAAGGAGUUCAAGGAGGCUGCUGAUAAACUGCAAGGACCUCUGAGGCAAAUCUUUGUAGAGUUCUUGGAGAGGUCAUGCACUGCUGAGUUCUCUGGGUUCCUUUUGUACAAAGAGCUUGGAAGAAGGCUCAAGAAAACCAAUCCAGUGGUAGCUGAAAUUUUCUCUCUCAUGUCCAGGGAUGAAGCAAGGCAUGCUGGAUUUCUGAACAAGGGUUUGUCUGAUUUCAAUUUGGCGUUGGACUUGGGUUUCCUAACAAAGGCUAGAAAGUACACAUUUUUCAAGCCUAAGUUCAUUUUCUAUGCCACUUAUCUAUCUGAGAAGAUUGGAUACUGGAGAUACAUAACCAUAUACAGACAUCUCAAGGCCAAUCCUGAGUACCAAUGUUAUCCCAUUUUCAAGUACUUUGAGAACUGGUGCCAGGAUGAGAAUCGUCAUGGCGAUUUCUUCUCUGCAUUAAUGAAGGCCCAGCCCCAAUUUCUCAAUGACUGGAAAGCAAAGUUGUGGGCCAGAUUCUUCUGCCUUUCGGUUUACGUGACGAUGUACCUAAAUGAUUGCCAGCGCACAGCUUUCUAUGAAGGCAUUGGGCUCAACACAAAAGAAUUUGAUAUGCAUGUCAUAAUUGAGACAAACCGCACAACAGCUAGAAUUUUCCCAGCCGUGUUGGAUGUUGAGAACCCUGAAUUCAAAAAGAAGCUGGACAACAUGGUUGAGAUUAACCAGAAGUUGAUUGCUGUUGGGGAGAGCGAUGACAUACCAGUGGUGAAGAACUUAAAGAAGAUACCACUUAUUACGGCAUUGGCCUCAGAGCUCCUGGCUGCAUAUCUAAUGCCUCCAAUUGAAUCUGGAUCUGUUGAUUAUGCAGAGUUUGAGCCCAAACUUGUUUACUGAAUUCUUUUGUACGAGUUCCAUCUCUUCCUUGUUAUUGUCAAUUGCUGCGAUUCUGUUGUAGUCAUAUGACUUUAGUGUAAGAAACUGAGUAAACAUAUGAAGAGGAUCCCUUGUAUUUCUUGUAAUUAUGGAACCUCAUUUUUCCAAUUGGGACGCAAACGUGCUAUUUUUCCUUUGGAA